ACAAAACCUUGCUGUUCUGGAUCAUUUGUUGUCCCCCAGCCUUGGAAACUUAACAAAAUGUUCUAUUUUGGUGGCUGGACUGUUCUGUAUGUCGUUAUCAUUGUUCUGCAAAGUGGAACUCGCAUGGGAAACCAGCACAGCUUACUUACAAAGGAGGAUUCUCACAAAUCAUCUGGUGAACUUGGAAAUAUAGAGGAAGAGGCCCAUUUUGAUUUUAAGGCUUUUCUGGAGAACCUGAAAGCUGAUUUUUUAAGGAGCUUGAACUUAUCAGCAAUACCUUCACAAGAAAAGAUCAAAGAGGAACCACCCCAAUUCAUGAUUGAUUUAUAUAACAGAUACACCAAGGACAAAUCCUCCAGUCCUCUAGCCAACAUUGUGCGCAGCUUCAGACCUGAAGCAGAUAUUUCUUCUCUCUCUUCACUGGAAAUAAAUCAGAAAUAUGUCUUGCUUUUCAAUGUUUCCAUCCCAUGGCAUGAAGAAGUAACUAAAGCCGAGCUGAGGAUCCACAUUGCAUGCCAGAAAGAGGCAGAGUGUUUCCCUCAUGUUCAAGGUAAUGUAGUAGUUUAUGAGGUGCAUGAAGGAGAUAACUGGGAGGAACCAAAGGAUGUAAAUAACUUCCUCACCUCCAAAGAAAUCCAGGGAUGUGGCUGGGUGACAUUUGAUGUGUCGAGCGCUGUGAAAAAAUGGGUCAAGGCAGAAAAGACAAGGACUAUCAAUCGGUUGGAGACUGCAGUGAAGAAUCUUGAUCCAAGUGAUUUCAACUGUGGGAUUCUGAACAUCAGUAUAACUCCUGACUCAAGCCAUUUGCCCUCACUGAUAGUGUUUUCUAAUGAUCAUGGCAACAGAGUCAAAGAGAAUCAUGCAGAACUUCAGGAAAUGGUGGCACAUGAACAGGAGGAUGUGCUUAAGAAUUUAGUAAAGAACAACACUGCCCACAGACGGAAUACUUGGCCUAUCCAUGGAAUCCACCAUUCUCUGUCCAGAAGCAAACGAAGUAUUGAACUCAACCAUUGCCGGAAAACAACCCUCCAUGUGAAUUUCAAAGAAAUUGGAUGGAACUGGAUCAUUGCCCCUCCAGAUUAUGAGGCAUUUCAGUGUAAAGGGGGCUGCUUCUAUCCUCUGACCGAUAAUGUCACCCCAACCAAGCAUGCGAUUGUCCAGACCUUGGUGCAUUACAAAAACCCCAAGAAAGCUGUCAAAGCCUGUUGCGUUCCCACAAAGCUGGAAGCAAUUUCCAUGCUUUAUAAAGAUGAGGCUGGAACCCCUACUCUGAAAUACCAAUAUGAAGGGAUGAAAGUAGCAGAAUGUGGCUGCAGGUAGUAUCAAGGGACCUCUAAUUCAUAAU